UCUCUUCCUCCUUGUAGCCUGUGGGCCGCAGCUUGCCAAUUCCCCCACUGUGAUAGUGAUGGUGGGCCUCCCAGCCCGUGGGAAGACCUACAUCUCCAAGAAGCUGACUCGCUACCUCAACUGGAUCGGUGUCCCCACGAAAGUUUUCAACGUAGGGGAGUAUCGCCGUGAGGCAGUGAAGCAUUACAGCUCCUAUGACUUCUUCCGCCCCGACAAUGAGGAAGCCAUGAAAGUCAGGAGGCAAUGUGCCCUGGCUGCCUUGAGGGAUGUCAAGCUGUACCUGACGGAGGAGGCUGGCCAGAUUGCGGUUUUUGAUGCCACCAAUACCACGCGGGAGAGGAGAGGGAUGAUCCUAAACUUUGCCAAAGAAAAUGGGUUCAAGGUGUUCUUCAUUGAAUCUGUCUGCAAUGAUCCCACGGUAGUUGCCACCAACGUUAUGGAAGUAAAAUUGUCAAGCCCUGAUUACCGGGACUGUAAUUCGACCGAUGCCAUGGAGGACUUCAUGAAGAGGAUCAAUUGUUACCAGGCCAGCUACCAGCCACUCGACCCUGAUGACUAUGACCGGGAGCUUUCUCUCAUCAAAGUCAUCGAUGUUGGCCGGCGGUUCCUGGUCAACAGGGUUCAGGAUCACAUCCAGAGCAGGAUCGUUUACUACCUGAUGAACAUCCAUGUCCAGCCCCGCACCAUCUAUCUCUGUCGGCACGGCGAGAGCGAGUUCAACCUCAAGGGGAAGAUUGGAGGCGACUCGGGCCUCUCCAACAGGGGCAAGAAGUUUGCACUGGCGCUGAACAAGUUUGUUGGGGAGCAGAAUCUGAAGGACCUCAAAGUCUGGACCAGCCAACUAAAGAGGACAAUCCAAACGGCAGAAGCUCUCCAACUGCCCUAUGAGCAGUGGAAGGCACUCAAUGAAAUCGAUGCUGGUGUGUGUGAAGAAAUGACAUAUGAAGAAAUCAGGGAGCAGCAUCCAGAGGAAUUUGCUUUACGUGAUCAGGAUAAAUAUUACUACCGCUAUCCUUCUGGGGAGUCCUACCAAGAUCUGGUGCAGCGCCUAGAGCCUGUCAUCAUGGAGCUGGAGAGACAAGAGAACGUCCUUGUGAUCUGUCACCAGGCUGUCAUGCGCUGUCUCCUGGCAUACUUUCUGGACAAGAGUGCAGAUGAAAUGCCCUACCUGAAAUGUCCCCUUCACACAGUGUUGAAGCUGACCCCGGUGGCCUAUGGCUGCCGGGUGGAGUCCAUCUCGCUGAACAUUGAAGCCGUCAACACCCACAGGGAACGGCCAGAGGAAGCAAAGAAGGGACCUAACCCGCUCAUGAGACGUAAUAGCGUUACCCCUCUAGCAAGCCCAGAGCCCACCAAAAAACCUCGCAUCAACAGCUUUGAGGAGCAUGUGGCUGUUUCUUCCGCCCUGCCAGGCUGUGUUCCUCAGGAAGUGCCCACGCAGCUGCCGGGACAACCUUUACUAGGGAAGGCAUGCCUAACAUGAACAACUCGCAGAAGCCGUCGUGACUCCGUUGGCGCGGUCGCGAGGCCACCAGCGACGCCACCGUCAACGCCAGCUUCCCAUCCCAUCGCCAUUUCCGAAGCUUGCUUAUAAACCGGUCUCCUCCGUCUGCGGCGAGGUCGACCCUCGGCUGUUUCUACCCACGCCCGUUCAUUUGCAAACCGCUCUGCUGAAGGGGGGAGAGGUGCAGGAGAGCGGAGGAGAGGAGCCGAGCUCCCUGGGGUCGCCACCAGAUCUUUGGGCUGCAGCAUUUGCUCUCCUCUCCGGCGUCCUGUUAGAUCGUAGCAAGCUGUAAAGUGCUUCUAGCGCACAGGAGUUUAAUUUUCCCCUGUAAGCAGUUUUGAUCUCCUUUUGUAUAGACGAUUGGUACCCAUCCGUCUCUGGGUGGGGUGUAUAUAUGUGGAUGGUGCGGGGUUAGCAGAGAAAUAAGGGGAAGGGGGGGGGGAGGGAAGGGGUUUUUAAUUUUUUUUUUAUUAUUAUUAUUAAUUACUUUCCAAGAAAGCCCCUAAAAUGCUGUGCUGCAGUCCUUUACCCACGCUACAGCCUGUCGCACACGCACAGCCUGGCUCACCCAGGCCCGCGAGCACCAGGAAGGCAGUUGUGUGAAGUCCUUCACACCGAGAACUGCUGGGUUUAACCAAAAAAAAAGAACCAACCCCCAAAACAUAUGCUUUUUUUUUCUUCUUUUUUUGAAUCGAUACACCUUAAAAGGGUCUGCAGAGAAUGUAGAUCUGCUUCUAAAACUGGUCGUGAGCUGCCUGUGGUGUAGGGGGGGCCACACCGAUGGUGGCUCGGGUGGUGCUUUCAUCUUGGGGAGCACCCGGGGAUGCUCUGAGUUCACGUGUGUGUUGAUUUUUGGGGAGACUGAGCACCAGUUGAGGUGCUAAGCUGGUACUUCAUCUCCCCUUUCCUCUUCCUUGGAGGAGAGAGGAGAUUUUGGAGGGUGGGGUGGGGUGUUGAAUCCCUGUGUCAUCGCAGGACUUGGCAGGUGAACAGGCUGAGCUAGGUGCAUUUUGCAGACACACAGGUCUUGCGGAGGUGGCCGGAGGUCUGGCCGGGAUGCAGGAGUCCCUGUGUGGCUGCAAAAAGCCACAAGAAGGGACAGUUUUAUCUGUUAUUUUGUGUUGUGUUUUGUUUUUUUAAUAUAUAUACAUGCACACGUGUGUGUGUGUGUAUAUGUGUAUACCUAGAAACCGCUUGGUUUUUGCACUUUAUUUGUGGCAGGAGCGUAACUAUUUUAUUUUUUUCAAGUCGUGCCCCUUAAUAGGGGAAGCCUGAACACAGGCAAUUUUUUUUUUUAGAUUUGAUUUUGCAUGCUGGAAAGCUGGGACUACAAAAAAAUAGUAGUUAGGGCAUUCAAGGUGGGGGCGUGUGUGUGUGUGUAAAAAAUGGGACAAGGUCCUGACUUAGACUCCAUCAGCCAACUCCCAGUGGUUUGAUAUGCGAGAUCCCUUGGCAGCCUGUCCCGGGCUGUGAGACAGUGGUUAAAAAUGGCAAUUAACCACUAUUGCUUUGUGCAAAAGUCUGUGGAUUUUGAAAUUUU